UUGAUUUGAUUCUCCAACGUUAAUGCGUCGUCAUUUAUGAUUUAUGUCUACUUCCUUUCAAUUUCCAUGUUCAUAACGAUACCUCAUUACUUUCACUUUCCAAAUUGGCCUAUAUAACAACCCAUUUUACCUCACACAUUCAAUUCAAGCACCGAAUCAAUAAUGGCAGCACAAGUUUCCCAACACCUGGAGCCGUGGCACAGCCUCGCCGGAAAAGUAGUGAUGGUCACCGGCGCUUCCGCCGGCCUCGGCCGUGACUUCUGCCUCGACCUCGGCCGGGCCGGCUGCCUCGUCGUCGCGGCGGCCCGCAGGAUCGACCGGCUCAAGUCCCUCUGCGAUGAAAUCAAUCGGCUGACGCCGUCGCCGGAGGCCGGUGGUGCUGCCAGAAGCCUCCGUGCGGUGGCCGUGGAACUCGACGUUUCCGCCGAUGGCGAGGUCAUCGACAAGUGCGUGCAGAAGGCAUGGGACGCGUUUGGCCAUAUUGAUGCGUUGAUCAACAACGCUGGUGUUAGAGGAACUGUGAAAUCACCCUUGGAACUGUCUGAGGAGGAAUGGAAUCAAGUGUUCAGAACGAACUUAACUGGUACCUGGUUGGUGUCAAAGUAUGUAUGCAAACACAUGCGUGAUGCACAGAGGAAAGGAUCAAUUAUCAAUAUUGCUUCAAUUGCUGGUAUAAAUAGGGGGCAAUUGCCUGGAGGUGCUGCCUAUUCAUCGUCAAAGGCAGGCGUCAAUGUGCUGACUAAGGUCAUGGCAUUGGAAUUGGGGGCACACAAAAUCAGAGUCAAUUCCAUAUCACCUGGUCUUUUCAAAUCUGAAAUCACUGAGAAAUUAAUGGAGAAAGAUUGGCUGAAUAAUGUGGCCUUGAAAACAGUACCCUUGAGAAGUUUUGGCACUUCUGAUCCAGCAUUGACAUCAAUUGCUCGUUACUUAAUUCAUGAUUCUUCUGAAUAUGUGUCGGGCAACAAUUUUAUUGUGGACGCUGGUACCACCAUAGCAGGUGUGCCUAUAUAUUCUUCUCUAUGAAAAAUGGUUAUAUUUUGGACUAGCCAAAAGUAGGAUGAUUGAACUUGAGAACAUUUUCUUUGGAGCCUGAGUAAUAUUUGUAGUCUAUUUAUCUAUUUGAAAUACGUUCAUUUCGUU